AUGCGGGGCGCACGCAAUGGUAUAGAUUAUAACGCUAUAUCGCCACGGUUAUCUGCAAGAUCUACUGGUGCGGACUCGGGGACCCGGCAGGAAGGCACACAAGGGAGUAUACAGCGAGGACACGAGCAGCAGCUUGCAGAGCGAGAGGCAGCGGAUGUAGAGCGGAAAGAGGGGACAUUUUGGGCAGGGUUCUGGGAAAAGUAUGGCAGCGUAGAGUUGGAGAACAAAGGGUCCGUUGCGAGGGAUCAUCUGGCACUGGAACGAACCUUCCUCGCCUGGCUCCGCACCUCCCUCUCCUUUGCUUCCAUUGGUAUCGCCGUAACACAGCUCUUCCGCCUCAACUCCUCCAUAACCGAUUCCCCUUCUUCUCCCAACGGCGAGUCUCCUGCUGCGCACCUCCGCCACGUUGGCAAGCCCCUCGGCGCCACCUUUGUCGCCAUCUCCAUCGUCAUCCUCGGCAUCGGAUUCCACCGCUACUUCGAGGCUCAGCACUAUGUCAUUCGCGGCAAGUUCCCCGCGAGCAGGGGCAGCGUGAUUGCAGUCAGUCUGAUCGCUGGCGCGUUGAUAUUGUGUAGUUUAAUUGUUAUCUUGGCGGUUGCGCCAAGAUCGUUUGAGAAGUAG